AUGGAAUAUAGUCUGUAUAAAGCAGCAUUCAACUCUGACAUUGAUGCUGUUACUCGGUUACUUCAAGAAGAUCCGAUGCUUAUUCAAAAAACCUACGUGAUGUAUCGUGUGGAUAGAAACCCUAUUCACAUUUGUGCAAUGAUGGGCUAUGUUGAAUGUUUGAAUGUGAUUCUACUAGCUAAUAAUUCUUCUUUCUCUUAUGCUAUGUGUUUGGCUCGGGAUCAGCAUGGCCACAACCCUAUCCAUCUCGCUGCAAUCCACGGCCAACUGGCAUAUUGGAGAUGGUUAAAAAAUGAGGACAUAAUAAAGUACUUGAUAGAAAAUGUAUGCGAGAUUGUGGAUGUAAAGAACGAGAAUGGAAAAACUGCAUUGGAUAUUUUCAAGGAUCGCGCUAGAAAACAGUCCAUGGAAGAGUACCAAGGUGCUAUAAGUUGUCUAGAGGGAGUGAGAGGAGCUGCAAAAAAGGACUGCUUCCUUGUAAGUUUCGAGGACAGUAAAGAUUCGAUAAUGAUUGUGGCAUCACUUAUCGCAACCAUAGCUUUUCAAGCAAUGGUAAGUCCACCGGGUGGUGUAUGGCAAGAUAACUUGUACGACAAGAAACUUUCAAUUCAACACAAAGUUGGGGAAAGCGUGAUGGCGUUAACACAGCCGGAAUACUACAAAAUCCUGAUUCGGUCAAAUACGAUAGCCUUUCUGGCAUCGCUGACUACAAUUAUAAUGCUGAUGAUUCGCGAACGGCCGGCCCGUCCUAAAACACACAUCUUUAGGACACUUGCGUUACUUCUCCUAAUCAUUGGCAUGUCGCUGUCGGUAACAGCAAUUUCGAUUGCUUACGCGACAAUGUUCGUGGCAAUGGCACCGGAACCGGUUCUGUGGCAUUGGGGAUCUUCAUUUCAGAUCACAAUGAUAGCCAUCACGGUUUGGUUCUUUCCUCUGAUCGCUUUUGUCACUAGCGCGAUUCGAUACUACCGCGGGGGGAUGAAUGUCAAGUUUUGGCAUCCGCAAAUAGACAAGAAGAUUAGAUCUGGAAUAAAGGGGAUAUUUCCUCUGAAAUCAAAACCAAACGCAGCUUGUUAA